GGUUUCACUUUCUUUUCCUGACAACAUAAGCGCGAGGUCACUCGGAACCAAUGGCUCCUCCCGUCACGAUCAAAGAAGCCAUUGCGAACAUUCUAGAAGACCUGACCGAGCCGAACUUCGAGAAGUUUAAAGAGCGGCUGCUGGACCGCAAGCAGGUCCGGCGCGCGCGGGUGGACCGCAAGAGUUUUUUGGUGGUUGCCGACGUCAUGGUCUCUACUUACACCGAGGCCGGGGCACUUCCGGUGGCUGUGGACAUUCUCACACAGAUUGACUGCAACGAGGAAGCGAAGACACUCAUGAAGGAAAGUGAGGGACUGUCCUCGACACCUGGAUCUGGAGGCAAUAAGCACUUUGUGGACAAACACAGAUUUCAGCUGAUCCAGAGAGUGGGCAACAUUGAACCAAUUCUGGAUGAGCUCUUAGAUGAAGAUGUUAUCCAGCAAGAGCUUUAUGAUAAGAUUAGGUCUCUGAGCAUCACCCAGGACAAGAUGAGGGAGCUCUACUCUACUGGCCUGAAAGCUGGUGAAGCCUGCAAAGACAUCUUCUAUAACAUCCUAAAGAAACAUGACCCUUAUCUCAUCAGGGAACUGGAGGGAAAAUAAUCUGUUUUUAUCUUAUCAAUUGUCAUUUAAAAAAAGAAGGCGUAAUCAGAUGAUUAUUAGGGCUGCGUAUCGCCACCAAUUUCCUGAAACCAUUUGAUUCCGAUUCAGUUCCGAUUCCGAAUUCAUUUUCAGUCACAAUAGCACUCUCAGUUGGUUAUGAAAACAUUUUACAGAAUUAAUACUGUUAAUUAUACAAAGAUUCUUCACAGCUGGCCUAUGGAGAAUAUUUGUGUUUACAUUAACAACUACUUUAAUGUAUUUUUUAUGUAACACGACAAGCACACUGAUCAUGUGACAUUCAGUAGCGACGCAUCAUAAAUGCCAUUGCCUGUAUUUAACGAAAUACUAGUGGUAUCAAAGGAUUAAAAUAUUGAUUAACUCACAA